GUCAUUUCUGGUUCAGGUUUUAUGGUAGACAUUACCAUUGUGUGUUUUGAUAAAUUCAUCGUUUUUGAUUGAUCAAAAGACAAACCAUGGAAUUCUACUGGAUAACGAUGCUACUGCUGGUGCUACAGGGGGUUGAUGGAAAACAUUUAGUACAAAAAAACUCAAAGCUAGAGUCUUCUCCACGACAUUCCUUUGAAGAGAAACAGAACACCAACUCGUGUAAAAUAGAAAACCAACAGACUGCCCAUGAAUCCCGAUGCGACUUGUACUACCGAUGCGUAUACGGCGUUAAAGUACAAAAGGAAUGUCCCGCAGGAAAGUUAUUUAAUACUCAUAUCUCAAACUGUGAUAAUAGUUACAACGUAGACUGUAAUAAUAGAAUACACAACAAUCUUAAUAAGUUAGUUGUACACAGUUUCGACUUUUAUGAUCCCCAGGAAACUACUACUUUAGACUUAAGCGACGAAGAAACGUCACCUUCAGUAGAAAACGGCGAGUGUCCUGAAAAGAAAGAUCCAUACGAACCUUCUCCGCUUCUACCUCACGAAGAAAGCUGCAACCAUUUCUAUAAAUGUAUCAACGGCAAGAAGGUAUUGAUGAAAUGUCCAAAACCCUUCCAGUUCAAUUACAAAGUUUUAGCUUGCGAUUGGCCUCAAAAUGCACGGUGUUACAACAGAAAAAUAGAUUCUACGACAGUUCAUUGAACUUCAUCAAUGAGGAAUAGGUGGGAAAUUGACAAAUUAACUGUAAAUAAAUCACCUGGUUACUUCAUAAGUAACCCAUUACUGUGAUUUGAUCAAAAUUUGAGAGCGGUGUAAAGAACUGUAAAAUAUUUAUUGUGUAAAUAUAAUUAUUUUGUAAUUUUGUUUA